AAUAGGCCCUCUCGUUUCGGCAUGGAAGAGGGCUUUGCCCAGAACGGAGGAAUCAAGAGCUGUGAAAAUGAGGAUAGUUGGGCUUACCGGAGGGAUUGCGUCCGGUACGGUAAGAGCACGAUCUCGAGCCUCUUCAAGUCUUGCGACAUUCCGGUCGUCGAUGCCGACGUUGUUGUUUGCGAUGUGUUAAAGAUGGGCACUGUGGGGUACAGAAAAGUGGUGGCGGCAUUUGGGCGGGACAUGCUGCAAGAUAAUGGAGAAGUUGAUCGGCCCAAGUUGGGACAGAUCGUCUUCUCCGAUGCUUCCAAGCGCCAACUCCUUGAUCAGUAUGAAUACUGUUUUUGGUGUUGCAGUUUUCUAAAUUUCGGUGCUCUUUUCAUUUGAUUUUAAGAUGCUAUCUCUUAGAGGAUAAUACUAGGUUGAGGAAAUUAAUAAGAUUCCAGAAAUCAUAAGUAUUUGUCUUAAAUUAUUAGUUUAAGUAUGCCAGAUUUGUUAAUCUGAUUGUUUCACGGCAUUUGGUGAAAAGUUGAAUUUGGUUUUGUUUGGAAUUGUUGAUAGGUGUUCUAUUUGUAAUUGUGGUUUUUCCAGUUUUCUACCGGAAGAAAAAUUAUGUUAUCGU